AUGGUUAGAGAUUGCUUCCAACAAAAUCCUUAUACCACUUUAAAGCUUCGCCUUAUUGGCAAAAGAGAACAAGAUGGUCGGACUUAUAACUUACCUACUUCCUCAGAGGUUGCUGCUCUUAUUGUUGGAGAUAUCGAUAACGCACUUGAGAAAAGAGAUAUCGUUGUCGAGACACAAACAGGUUCAUUAAAAAGAAUAAGUGAAUUGCAUCCAUCCUAUCUUGCACUUCAGUAUCCUAUUUUGUUCCCAUAUGGAGACGACGGUUACAGAAUUGACAUACCACAUAGGGGUGUCAUUGAUGUUACUAACAAGAAACGUCCGAAUUGUACAAUGAGAGAGUUUUUUGCGUAUCGUGUACAAGAUCGUAGUAACCAGUUUUCAUUGAUUCUAAAUUCUCGACGCUUAUUCCAACAGUUUUUGGUUGAUGCUUAUACGAUGAUUGAGAGCGAACGACUUAACUUUAUAAGAUUUCAGCAACAAGAUCUCAGGUCUGAUACAUAUGAGAAUAUCCGGAAACUAAGAUAUAAUGGCCAACAAGAUUUGUCUAAGGUUGGAAAACGUAUUUUCCUUCCAUCUUCCUUUACAGGCGGGUCACGAUAUAUGAUGAAAAACUAUCUUGACGCAAUGGCAAUUUGUAAAUGGUAUGGUUAUCCAGACUUUUUUAUAACCAUUACCUGCAAUCCCAAAUGGCCGGAGGUUCAAAGGUUUCUUAAGGACACAAAUCUUAAUCCGGAGGAUAGGCCUGAUAUUUUAUCUCGAAUUUUUAAAAUAAAGCUGGAUGCCAUUUGUAAAGAUUUGAAAGACCGUGAUUUGUUUGGAAAAGCUUCUGCUGUUGUUUACACUAUUGAGUUUCAGAAGCGAGGAUUGCCUCAUGCACAUAUGUGCUUAUUCAUGGAGAAUGAUUACAAACUUCCAACUGUAGACCAUGUUGAUCAGUUUAUUUCUGCAGAAAUCCCUGAUUUAAACCAAGACCCGGAACUAUAUACGCUUGUGAAAGACCAUAUGAUUCAUGGUCCAUGUGGUAAUGCUAGAAUGAGCUCUCCAUGUAUGGUUGAUAGAAAAUGUUCAAAAGGUUUUCCCAAGAAAUUUCAAGAUCACUCAACCUUGGAUUCUAACGGAUUUCCCUUAUACAGAAGAAGAGAUGACGGUUCCUUCGUUUUAAAAAAUAAAAUUCAGUUAGACAAUAGAAGUGUUGUACCUUAUAACAAAAAGCUUUUGAAAAGAUAUCAGGCGCAUAUAAACGUUGAAUGGUGCAACCAAGCGGCGUCAAUAAAGUAUUUGUUCAAGUAUAUUAAUAAAGGUCCUGAUAGAGCAACAGUUGCUGUGGUUCCGAGCAACAAUGAAAACGAACAAGCAGAAAAUGAUGAAAUUAAAGAGUAUUAUGACUGUAGGUAUAUAUCUGCGUGUGAAGCGUCUUGGAGGAUUUUUUCUAAUGAAGUUAAUUAUAGGAGUCCUUCUGUUAUGCGUCUUCCUUUCCAUCUUCCUGGACAACAAACAGUUUGUUUCGGUCCUGAUGAAGAUAUUAAUCAAGUGCUAAACAAACCAUCUGUGAACUCAUCAAUGUUUUUAGCUUGGAUGCAACGUAAUCAAGAUCCUAACGACCAUGUUGCACGUACACUAACAUACGUACAGUUUCCGCGUUUUUAUGUUUGGAAGCUUGACAAGCGUAUAUGGGUUCCGAGAAUAAAAGGAAAAACAAUUGGAAGAAUUCAUUCCGUUUCUCCUUCUACCGGUGAAGCGUACUAUUUAAGAAUUCUUCUUAACAAAGUUAAAGGACCAACAUCGUUUGAUGAUAUUAAAACAGUUAAUGGUCGAGUGUACGAUACUUUUAGAGAUGCUUGCUAUGCGCUUGGUUUGUUGGAUGACGACUCUGAGUAUAUUGAGGCCAUCAAAGAAGCAAAUAUAUCAGGUAGUGCAGGUUAUAUUCGCAAUUUAUUCGCCACCAUGUUACUGUCAAGCACAUUAUCUAGACCUGAAGUUGUCUGGGAAAGCACAUGGAAGUAUAUGACAGAUGAUUUUCUGUACAGAUUCUCAAAGUAUCAUCGUGUUUCAGGUUUAUCAAUUCCUGAUGAGCAACUAAAGAACUACGUUUUAUGCGAAAUAGAGAAGUUUUUAACUCGGAAUAAUUCAUCGCUUCGGAGAUUUUUAUCAAUGCCUUACCCGGAUACUUCAUCUUUAGAUAACUUUCGCUGCCGAUUGAUUAACGAAGAGCUUGCUUAUAACAGAACAGAGUUACAAAAUGUUUAUCAAGGUCAGGUGAAUUUGUUAACGGAUGAACAACGUGCAGUAUAUGAAGAAAUUAUGAACGCAGUUCAUGGAGACAAUGGAGGAGUAUUUUUUGUUUACGGUUAUGGCGGGACCGGUAAAACGUUUUUAUGGAAAACAUUAUCUGCUGCAAUUAGGUCAAAAGGUCAGAUUGUAUUAAACGUUGCAUCUAGCGGAAUUGCAUCAUUGCUGUUGGAGGGAGGAAGAACGGCUCAUUCUAGGUUUCAUAUACCUUUGAAUCUUAAUGAGGAUUCCGUUUGUCAUAUAAAACCAGACGAUGAUGUAGCUAAAUUACUACAGCAGACCAAACUCAUUAUAUGGGAUGAAGCUCCUAUGGUUCAUAAACAUGCAUUUGAGGCUUUGGAUAGAACUAUGCAUGACAUUUUCAAUAUAUCUAAUUCAUCCAGGUCUGAUGUUUUAUUUGGAGGGAAGGUGAUUGUAUUUGGUGGUGAUUUUAGGCAAAUACUACCUGUUGUUCCAAACGGUGGACGUCAAGAAAUUGUGAAUGCCUCAUUAUGUUCUUCUUAUCUGUGGAGUAAGUGUAAGUUGUUGACGUUAUCUAGAAACAUGAGGUUAACUGUUGGAAGACCAUCAUCUGAAGUUGAAGAGAUUAGUAAUUUUGCAAAAUGGUUGUUGGACGUUGGCGAGGGAAAUGUUGGUGGUUCCAAUGAUGGAGAAGCAAUAAUUGAAUUUAGUACAAGAGCUAUACUUGCGCCUAAGAAUGAGGUUGUUCACGAGAUUAACGACAGAUUGUUGGCAGUUUUCCCUGGUGAAGAAAAAGAGUAUCUUAGUUCUGACAGUCUAUGCCCUACUGAAGAUGGCAAUGUUGAUCAGCAAAAUAUAUAUUCUCCUGACGUGCUCAAUGGUCUCAAAGUGUCUGGUUUACCAAAUCAUAGGUUAGUGCUUAAAGUUGGGGUUCCAGUAAUGUUGUUGCGAAAUAUUGACCAACGAAAUGGUUUGUGUAACGGUACAAGGUUAAAGGUCACAAAACUUUACAGCCGUGUUAUUGAAGCUGAGAUAAUUUCUGGUGGUAAUAUUGGUUCUCGGACAUUCAUACCUAGAAUCAAUUUGGUACCUUCGGACCGAAAGAUUCCUUUUGCAUUUCAAAGGAGGCAAUUUCCAAUAACUGUAUGUUUUGCAAUGACGAUUAACAAAAGCCAGGGACAGUCGCUAUCUAAGGUUGGGUUGUACCUAAGACAACCAGUUUUCACACAUGGUCAAUUGUACGUAGCUUUAUCCAGGGUUACAAGACGAGAUGGAAUCAAGUUACUAAUACUUGACAAUGAUGGCAGGCCUACAAAUAAAACAACCAAUGUCGUAUAUAAAGAGAUAUUCAAUGGAUUGUGA